ACUGCAGACAGAAUAGGGGAUGACCAAAAGACUGCGGACUGUAUCAGGGAUGACCAGAGACUGCGGACUGUAUAUAGGGGAUGACCAGAGAGACUGCGGACAGUACAGGAGAUGACCAGAGACUGCGGACAACAGUACAGGAGAUGACCAGAGACUGCGGACAUAGUACAGGAGAUGACCAGAGACUGUGGACAGUACAGGAGAUGGACCAGACACUGCGGACACGGUACAGGGGAUGACCAGACACUGCGGACACGGUACAGGGGAUGACCAGACACUGCGGACACGGUACAGGAGAUGAUCAGAGACUGCGGACACGGUACAGGAGAUGACCAGAGACUGCGGACA